CCCACAUGGUACUUUACCCACAAUCCCGAUGUUUAACGAAACCUAGAAUCGCGUUCCUAAACGCGUAAGGACCGACAUCGUUCCCGCAGUUCCUGGGAUGUCAACGGUCUCCACCUGUCCUUGCCACCCAAACCACAAAUAAUCAGAUGUUAGCACGUUUCUAAACCUUAGAUUACUGCACAGCCGAGUGCCCAACUUGGCAGGAGAGGCUUAACUGGAGCAAGUUUACAUGUCAAUCGCUCGAUGAUAUUGCAGGCUGAUGUCCGAUGGCCACUAUGAUACUAACUUCGCUGUUUGACCAGCCGCCGUGGUCAAACAAUUCUUGAGAUUGAUGCGGAUGAUCGGCGUUGGUUCCACCUCAUUUCAUAGCAUAUUGGAUGAGUAUAAGAAGAGUUCGAUCAACCGUAGGAUCGACUGGUCAUCUUGCUGAAUCCAUCCACUGGUCUGAAUUCAAGGAGUUGCAAUAUCAAGAUGCAUUUCCAGACUAUAACCUCGCUCUUCCUUUCUACAUUGUCCGUGGCAGCGGCCCUGCCAUCAAGCCAAGGCAAUGGCCUCCAAAAACGAGCCAACGUAGAAGGUUUCGACAUCUCGCACUACCAGAGCAGCGUCGAUUUUGCAGGCGCCUAUUCUGCUGGGCUCCGGUUCGCCUUGAUCAAAGCUACCGAAGGCACCACCUACAAGGACCCUCUUGUGAGCACGCCCCAAAGGUAGUCGUGGUAAAUUCGCUCAUCGAGGACCAGUUCACUUCUCACUAUAACGGCGCCACGGACGCGGGUUUCAUCCGCGGCGGUUAUCAUUUCGCUCGACCAGCAUCAAGUUCUGGAGAGGCUCAGGCGACGUACUUCCUCAGCAAUGGCGGUGGAUGGAGUGACGAUGGCAUCACCCUGCCAGGAAUGCUCGACAUGGAGGCCGACUGCUCAAGCAUGACCGCAGCUGAGACGGUUGCCUGGGUCCAAGACUUUGUGGACACGUACCACGGUUCAACGGGGAGAUAUCCGAUCAUUUAUACCAGCCGGAGCUGGUGGCAGUCAUGCACAGGGGACAGCGACGCUUUCAGCAAGACGUGUCCGCUACACCUCGCAAGCUGGAACAACUCGCCGGGAACCAUCCCAGGAGGCUGGGGUGCGGAGACCAUCUGGCAGUAUAACGAUGCUUCCAGCUGGGGCGGGGAUUCGGACCAGUUCAUUGGGACCAUAGCCGAACUAAAAGCCCUUGCCAAAGGCUCUUGAGUGUGGGAGAGAAAACGUAUAUCGCAAGUUGGACAAAUUAUGAAGAUAUCGGGAACCAACCAAGCGUCGUCCUAGUGGCUUGAGCAGGAUAGCACGCGGGGAUCGCACCGUGACCAAAUCAGAGAAGACAAGAAAAUCUAAAGCUUCAGGAAAGCAAACUGUUGAAAUCUUCAGCACUGAA